UUAGACUGCCCCGCCCCUUCUCCUCCCCCUCAUGCUCUUCCUGAUCACACUGUAGGACAAGUUUCUUUCUCUUAUUUUUGUUUAUUUUGGGCAGAUUUGUCGGGUCUCUGAGGUCCAGGAUGCCAGGCUCCUUCCUGUAGGUGCCCCUAGGAGUGGGUGAUAGAUCCCUGGCACCCUACCCUGCACUCUCUGCCCUCUUCUCCCAGCCUGCCUUCUUCUCCUACCUCUGUAAUGUGACUUCCACCUUUCACCUGCUCACCUGUCUACCUGGCUUGGUUCCUGUGCUUAGCCCCGCCCAGUAACGGUGACAUUUCAUACUUUGCCCAUGUCUCAGGCGUGUAGCUGUGCCAGUUGGUCCCCUCUCCCCGAGCACUCCCUCACUAUUGGAAAUUAUUGGACAAUUCCCCACAUCUGACCAGUUUGUGGCUCUGCCAGCUUUGGUCUCGCUGUGCUCGGGUCCCUGCGAUUUUUUACCCCCCCCCCCGUGCUCAGGUCUCACCAUGGAUCUGUGGUGGGUAUUUUGGUUGGCCGUGAUUUUUCUGGCCCCCCUGAUUUUAAUGGGAAUAAGCACCACGUUCAAAUUCCAUUUUAAAGUCGUUUGUUACUGCAUUCUGUGCCUUAUCCUGUCUGCGCUGGCAGCGCCAGUGUGUCUGGUGAAAAACGGUGGCAGGACGGUGGACAAUAUGAGGAUAAUCCGGGCCUUUGUGCGCACUAUGAAAUAUUUUUUUGGGUUGCGCUUCGAGGUGAAAGGAUUGGAAAACUUUCAGGUUGACGGCCCUUGUGUCAUUAUCUCCAACCACCAGAGUAUCCUGGAUAUGAUGGGUCUGAUGGAGAUCCUACCCGAUCGAUGCGUGCAGAUCGCCAAGAAAGAAUUGAUGUUUGCCGGUUCCGUGGGACUCAUCACCUAUCUUGGAGGUGUCAUCUACAUCAACCGCAAACGCACAAGCGAUGCCAAGUCUAUCAUGGCAUUAGUAGCACGUGCUAUGACAGAUGACAAUUUGAAGGUCUGGAUUUAUCCUGAGGGGACUCGGAACAACACUGGCGACUUACUUCCUUUCAAGAAAGGAGCCUUCCAUCUGGCACUGCAGGCGCAGGUUCCUAUCAUCCCAGUGGUGUACUCCUCAUUUACCAGCUUCUAUGACCGCAGGAAGAACCUGUUCACUGGUGGAACCAUCAAAGUUGAGAUUCUUCCAAAAAUCGAUAUCGCUGACUUGAAAGAAGAGGAAAUUUCAGAGUUGACAGAAGAAUGUUUCCACACCAUGCGCAAAGUGUACUUUCGGCUCUCCGGCAAGCCGCUUCCAGCUGGUGGACAGGGCGUUUCUAAUAAAUAGAAGCUACUGGACUUGCAGACAUCAGACCCAGAGACUAACUUGUAAGGGGCAGAGCACUGCAAGUCAGACCCAUGCUAAUCAAACACUGGACUUAUCAGAUAGCACUGGAGAGGUUUGUACGACUAAACCGUAACUUACCAAAGACCAUUAAAUGUGGAUUUAAUAUUGGACAUUAGUAAUACACAAAACAGACUAGUUUUGGUAGAAUUACAGACAUUUCUGGAAAAUUCGCUAUUUUGUUGAAAUGCAAUUGCAUUUAUUUCGCUGCUAUGGGUUAUUGUUUUGUUUUUUUUUUUUGGUGUAUUUUAUUUUUGACUUUCUUGGCAGCAAAAAUAAAUAAAUUGUGAAAUGGUAAGUGACAGU